GCGGUGAUGACUAACCAGGAAGUGAUAAAGGACCGCAGAAAAAAAAGACGUCGACGUUUUUGGACAGGGAGUGAAUGUUUUGAUCGCGUAGUUUUAACUUCAGAAAACAUUUAGUGACUUGUUGGACCGCCACACUAAAAUUCAAGAUGCCUCUUUUCAGCAGUUCGUCGCCUUUCGACCCCGAUGUCGAAAAGGUGACGAGUGAGAUGAACACAACAGAAGACUGGGGGUUGAUAAUGGACAUCUGCGACAGAGUCGGACAAACGCCCUCUGGCCCCAAAGAUUGUCUGAGGUCCAUCAUCAAGAGAAUCAACCACAGGGUACCUCAUGUGGCCAUGCAGGCUCUCACGCUCCUCGGUGCGUGCGCAAACAACUGUGGGAAGAUUUUCCAUCUGGAGGUUUGUUCGCGGGACUUCUGUGCCGAGGUUCGCUCCAUUCUCAGCAAGGCCCAUCCGAAGGUGUGUGACAAGCUGAAGGAUCUAGUCCAACAGUGGGCAGCAGACUUUGCUGACGACCCACAGUUGAGCCUGAUCCCCAGCCUAUACAGCAGCCUCAAGUCGGAGGGACACUCUUUUCCCGACCCCAGCGGAAAGUCUGCCAGUACCCAGCCGAAGACCUUCAGUGCUGAUCCUAAUGUGGUCCAGAGUCAGCAAGAAGAGGACGACAUCUUGAAAGCUAUCGAGCUGUCCCUAAAGGAGGCCCAAUCCAGCCCAUCCUCCAGCAGUCUGUACCCUUCCGUACGUGCGCCGGUCUCCGAGUCGCCAAGUCACAAACCCGAAACACGGAAGGUCCGAGCUAUCUAUGACUUUGAGGCCGCAGAGGACAAUGAGUUGACCUUCAAGGCUGGAGAAAUCAUCAGCGUCCUUGAUGACAGUGACCCCAACUGGUGGAAGGGAGAGACGUACCGCGGGGUUGGACUGUUCCCGGCUAACUUUGUGACAGCAGACCUUAACGCAGACCCAGAGCCUGAUCAACCCGGUGCUCAGGGCGCUUCUCCCAAAGUGGUAGUAAAGACUGGUAAGACAGUGCAGUUUAAUGAGGAGGUGACUGUCAACACGGUGGAACCAGAGCCAGAGCCUGUGGAGAUAGAUGAGGAAAAGAUGAAUGAAACAUUAGCCAUGCUCCAAAAUGCCAACCCGACCGGGGAUGAUGCCACGGACCCUCCACACCUCCGGGCUUUUGAAGAUGCAUGCCAGCAGAUGGGCCCUUUGAUUGACCAGGAGCUAGAGAAGAUUGACAGGAAACACAUCGAGCUGACUUCGUUAAACCAGCGGCUGAUGGAGGCCCUGUCCAUGUACCACAAGCUCAUGAAGGACAUGCCUCAGUUCGCUCACAACCCCCCUCCUGGGCCCGCAUACCCCCCUCAGUUCUCUCAGUACAACACCAUGCCUCCACAGGGUUAUGCUGGUGGUCCAGCCGGUGGGUAUCCCGUGCAGGGCCCUCCCCAGUCCAUGUCAGGCACAGCAACGCUCCCCACCCACCCCGUACAGGCUCAGGCUCAUGUUCAGGCCACCCUUCCCAGCACCAUGGCUGCACCUGGGCAACCUGUCUCCUCACAACAGAUGGGCUAUCCCAACAGCACUAUGGCAGCACCUGUUACCAUGGCAGCCCCUGUAACCAUGACAACCAUGCAGGGGGUCAUGCCUCCAGGGGGGGUAGGGAACCAGCCUGGAAUGGCCACCUACCCUCAGCAGCCAAUAGGAACAACUGCCUCCCAGCCUUUGUUAUAGACCUUCCGGAAACCUGCGGAAAAGACCUUCCGGUAACGCGUUGACUAGAUUCCAAGUAAUGUAAAUCUAAAAUAUUUGUGCUAGUUUUAUCUGAGCUCUCACAGCGAACUCAUAAAACCAUAACCCAUAAAGUUAAACCACUGUGGAUGCCUCUUUCCCUUCCUACUGUGAAAUUAACUAAGGCCCUGCAGGUUUCAAACUGUUUAAGAUAUUGUCACUUAAGGUUUGGACUGUUUUGGUAUAGAAUUGACCUACAAACUGCCAAAAUUUAUAAAAUCUGUUGAAAUUGUUUUGAAAAAUUAAUCCCAUAAUGUGAUAAAAAGUCCAAGAGUUUUACCAAUACAACAUUGCCUAUGGUAGUUAUUUUUGUUUUGUUUUUUGUAUCCUAUGCUUUUAUUUCAAACCUAACCAGUUUUAUUAUAAGAACGUUUCUUCUAUAGUAUUUUGACUUUUUUGUCCCGAAUCAAAAUUUUGAGUAUUUGAGACAUAUCCUAUUCAAACAUUUAAUGUUGCAUGUUUCGAACAUGAAUUGCCCAGAUUAUUUGCACCAAUGUUGUAAUUUCUGUCAACAUGUCAAUCCUUAUACAAUGUAAUUACCAAAUAAUUUAGUAAUUACUAAUUAUUACCAAUGGAAGGGAAUUGACUACAAAAUCCACUAGCUGGUACUAUUGAGUUAGCAUCUAUCUAUGUUCUAGUAACACUUGUGUUAUCCGAGAAUUGUAUUGACAAGCUAUAUCAAACAUAAUGUCAUCAUUGUAAAUCUCUAAAUGCUCCUUAGGUCUUGACAAACUUGUUUUUUGUUGUUAAACUCUGUAAAUAUAUAUAUAUACAUACAUGUAUAUCUUAUUGCCUUUAUAUCAGACUGCAUUCAGGAAAAAAAACAAGCAUGAUGCUGUUAUUUAACUUUGAUUAAGCCACAUUUAGCACAAUUAGUACACCAACAUAUGCAUGUAACAUCUAAUUUCUGGUCAGAUUUUGGGUGGCUGAAAAAGCAAGAGUUGUCCGAUUUUUGCGAAGUAAACACUACAUUUGCUUUCCAAUCCAAUUUCCAAAAGCAGCAUAACUUCUUGAUAUGAAAUAAGAUGUUAAUACGGCGAAUGUUGGGAAGCCCCGGAGUUGUUUAAAGUGAAUGUUACUAUAGGCAAUUACUUUUAUUUCUUCCCAAGAACUUGUGACCAAAAUCUCACCUGCCACCCCCACCCCACAAGUUGUAUCUCAACUAAAUGGUUCUGGUCAAGGAAAAUAUGUAAAUUGUAGUUAUAGGACACUUUCAAUAAUAAAUAAAUAUGUUGUUUAUAUAUUAAAUGUCUGUCUUCUCAGAAAGGUAGACAUUUCUGAACAGUGCAUGCCUGAAACUGUAUUUAUUGUGUUGUCUAAAGAGACCGUGUGUUGGUCCGGCGAUGCUUUAUAAGAAUGUUGGUUGAAAGUGUAGAAGAUAAAUUGAAUAAACAACAAUGAAAAA